GGCUGCCACGUGUUUCGUUUGGAAGUGCGUAAGGAAUGUAGCAGUGGUACCCAUAGUUUCCAACUCCAACCAACCCUAUAUAAAAGCCAAACUACAAACAAAGCUCAAUCACCGACUAGAAGAAACAGAGUAAUCAAUAAAAGUUUAUUUAGUUAUAAUAACAAAGGAUAAUAUAUUAUCAUGUGUAUAGCAGUGUUUGUAUGGCAAGCUCAUCCUCUCUACCCUCUUAUCAUUUUCCAAAACAGAGAUGAGUAUCACAACAGGGAAACGAAGCCGUUGGGUUGGUGGGAAGAUUGUGAAAAUGGAGGGAUUUUAGGAGGAAGAGAUGAGGUUGCUGGAGGGACAUGGAUGGCUUGUUCUAAACAAGGAAGAGUGGCUUUACUUACCAAUGUUUUAGAGCUUCAUUCACUCCCUGAGGCUAGGACUCGUGGAGACCUUCCUCUGCUGUUCUUACAGAGCAAUAAAAGUCCCAAGGAAUUUGCAGAGGAACUGGUAAAAGAGGCUCACCAGUAUAAUGGGUUCAACUUGAUUCUGGCUGAUAUAUCAUCAUCUUCUUCUAAUUCCAUGGUGUACAUAUCGAACCGCCCCAAGGGAGAGCCAAUUCUGGUGCAGGAGGUUCCCCCUGGCAUUCAUGUCAUUUCCAAUGCUAAGCUUAACUCUCCUUGGCACAAGGCUCAGCGGUUGGAAUUGAGGUUCAAGGAAGAGCUUACUAAAUACCAUGAAAGUGAGAUACCAGUGAAAGAGAUGGUUGAGAAACUAAUGAGAGACAAAGUUAAAGCUGAUAAAAGUGAGUUGCCUGGUAUAUGUGCUCUUGACUGGGAGUUCAAUCUAAGCUCUAUAUUUGUUGAAGUUGACACCCCACUGGUGAGCAUUGACUCAUUCAUUCAUUACAAGUUUAAAAAAGUUGUAUUUAUAUAUGCAUUAAAGUUGGUGUCCAUGACCUGGGAUUUUUGUCUUUAUCUGCAGGGUCGUUAUGGAACUAGGAGCACUGCUGCUUUAACUGCAAAAACAAAUGGUGAAGUUACCUUUUACGAGACUUAUCUGGACAAAGACAUGUGGAAGGAACAAACUGUCAGUUACCAGAUUCAGAAGCUUCAAGAAAAUGGAACCAAUCCAGAUUCAGAAGCUCUGCCUCAUAUAUAAUUUUUCUCUGUGGACUGUGUGAAUAUGUAUAUCUAUAAUUCUACUACCGUAUGACUCAAGUCAUGCGUAUUUAUGUUUUAAAAGAAAGCCUUGUAAGGCACAUUUAUCUAUAUUAAUAUGAAGAAGAAGAAAAAAAUACAGCCCAGAGUUUCAGAUUCAGAA